ACUGCUGCCUGCCUGUGCAGCAGCUGAGGAACCGUGGAUUUCAUAUUAUAGACUAAAACCCCAGUAAAACUGCUCAAAAUCCUUCCUGCAGCUGCCAGGCAACAGCGAAAGAGAGUUAAAUCCUAUUCUAUUCCAAUACAAUCGAAACACUACAUUCUAGCUCUGGCUGCUUUACAUUGCAGCUCAGUGUUAUUACUAGAAAUAUGGAUACUGAGAAGAGAAUACAGCACUGCAUUGUCCGGCCAGGAAAACAGCAGAUGUAAAAAGCUUCAAUGCAUCAACUGUCGGCAAGAGUCAACAGUGCUCCGAAUAGAGCGGACAACUACAGCUCUUUUGUUUAAAGAACAAGAAAGAAAAUGAAAGAAAGGAAAAAUCUCAGACGACUAGGAUCCAUAUGAACAAGGAGGGUAACUCGAAGACAAGCAGACAGAUGGACACUCUGGAUACUGUGAAAAGCAAUCGCAGGAGGCAGACUAUUGGGGGAUGUGCGCAUGUUCGAUAGCAUCUUUUUUGCUGAAGUGAUGGCGUGCCAAAAGUAUUUUCAGUGGGCAUAAUCCUCUCCACAUAAAUGGCCUGACCAAGGAAGAAUAACUGCAUGGGAGACAACGUGGCCGAAUUAAAAAAUGAUUACCAAAGAACAGUACUGAUUCAGGAGAAGGAAACAUUUUCAGCCACCAGUAGUAUCUCAUAUCCCAUUACUGGAUAUUUACAACAUGCUUCAGUGGAGGAGAAGACACUGCUGCUUUGCAAAGAUGAGCUGGAAUGCCAAGAGGUCACUGUUCCGUACCCAUCUUAUUGGUGUACUUUCUCUAGUGUUUCUUUUUGCUAUGUUUUUGUUUUUCAAUCAUCAUGACUGGCUGCCAGGCAGAGCUGGAUUUAAAGAAAACCCUGUAACAUAUACUUUCCGAGGAUUUCGUUCUACAAAAAGUGAGACAAACCACAGCUCUCUCCGGAACAUUUGGAAAGAAACAGUCCCUCAAACUCUGAGGCCUCAAACAGCAACUAACUCCAAUAACACAGACCUGUCGCCACAAGGAGUUACAGGGCUGGAGAAUACACUUAGUGCCAAUGGAAGUAUUUACAAUGAAAAAGGUAUCGGACAUCCAAAUUCUUACCACUUCAAAUAUAUUAUUAAUGAACCUGAAAAAUGCCAGGAGAAAAGUCCUUUUUUAAUACUGCUAAUAGCUGCAGAACCUGGACAAAUAGAAGCUAGAAGAGCUAUUCGGCAAACAUGGGGCAAUGAAAGUCUAGCACCUGGUAUCCAAAUCACACGAAUUUUUUUGUUGGGCGUAAGUAUUAAGUUAAAUGGUUACCUUCAACGUGCAAUACUGGAAGAAAGCAGACAAUAUCAUGAUAUAAUUCAACAGGAAUAUUUAGAUACAUACUACAAUUUGACAAUUAAAACACUUAUGGGCAUGAACUGGGUUGCAACAUACUGUCCACAUAUUCCAUAUGUUAUGAAAACUGACAGUGACAUGUUUGUCAACACUGAAUAUUUAAUACAUAAGUUAUUGAAGCCAGACCUGCCUCCCAGACAUAACUAUUUUACUGGUUACCUAAUGAGAGGAUAUGCACCCAAUCGGAACAAAGAUAGCAAGUGGUACAUGCCACCAGACCUCUACCCAAGUGAACGCUAUCCUGUCUUUUGUUCUGGGACUGGUUACGUUUUUUCUGGAGAUCUGGCAGAGAAGAUAUUUAAAGUUUCUUUAAGUAUCCGUCGUUUGCACUUAGAAGAUGUAUAUGUAGGGAUCUGUCUUGCCAAGUUGAGAAUUGAUCCUGUGCCCCCUCCCAAUGAGUUUGUGUUCAAUCACUGGCGAGUUUCUUAUUCAAGCUGUAAAUAUAGCCACCUAAUUACCUCUCAUCAGUUCCAGCCUAGUGAACUGAUAAAAUACUGGAACCAUUUACAACAAAAUAAGCACAACGCUUGUGCCAACGCAGCAAAAGAAAAGGCAGGCAGGUAUCGCCACCGUAAAUUACACUAGAGAAGACAAUUUUUUUUUCAAAUGUGCAAUCUGUAAAAUAUUGCUAAAAGCAUGUAUAGUUAAAACUGAUUACAUCCAUAGGACAAGUUUUAGUUAAAACUCAUAACAUAAAGUAAUUCAAAAAUUAUUUUUUUAAUUUCUGAAGGUAAUUCUUAAAAAUACAACACUAUAUAACAAAAAGG